UGACAGUGUGUUAUCGAGAGCUCUAGAAAGGGUUGUGUUCGUUUUUAAAAGUCUGUUUGAAUUGAAAAGGUCCCGUUUUGCUGUUCAGCAGGCUUCUGUUGCUACUCCCAAGUUCUGGCGCCAUUUCUAAGCCCUGCUUAAAGUGUCAUCGCUAGCGCUCUCAUCUCUAAUGGCAACAGAAACAUAGCAAAAACAUUGCAAACAACAUUUGAAAAUCCCCUUUUCCGUUUGAUUAGACUUUAGUUUUCAUUUGGUUUUCCGACACUCAACACUCACAUCUAUAAAUAUAUUGUCACCACACAUCCCCAUACAUUCCCAGCAAUGGAGACAACGUGUUCGGCGAUGUCGGAGCUGCUGUCGUUGACGAUGACAAUGCAGGGCGAGGCUGGAGAUAUCUGGAACAGCGGCAACAACACCAGCACCAGCAGUAGCGUUCGCCCCGAUGUGGGUCAGCCCUCGCUGUUCCGCCUGGACGGGCAGGUGAUUCUGCCGCCGCUGAUGACAAGCGCCAAGAAGCGAGAGGCCCAGCUGGCCCGCCAACGGGCCACGCAGCUGGAGGAGCAGCGGCAACACAACACUCGCCGCAGUCACAGCAUGGCCAGCCCGCGAAGCGGUCUGUCCCAGACGCAGACCUACAUCUAUGACAGCACCAGGCAGGGACAACAGCAGCAGCAGCAGCAGCGGCGGCGACCGCAAACUCUGGGCUUUGAUGUGCCCACCAUUCAGGUAAACCCACCAACGCCGCUGCUGCCGAUGCAGACACCCACGUUGCCCUUGUCUCCGGAACGUCGCCUGAAGCCAAACAAGAUCACCGAGCGGAUACAGCAGUUCGAGCAGACCGGCAUAGGUGGUCAUAUAGGUCAAAUCCUGCGCUCCAGCACUAGUCCUGCGCUGGCGGAAAAGCAGCUCAAGCCGCAGGUGGCCAAACCAACACCACCGCCAGAAACUGUGACCUUGCAGCGCUCUAGAAGCUUCACCCUGGAGGAGCCCUCGCCGGCUUUGGUUGAGAAUAUGCGAAGGCAAGGCUAUAGUCCUAAUUUCCAGCGUGAAACCAUCGAGUCACAGGCCAAGCGAGUGGUGCGCCAGCCCAGUCCAACCAAUCCAAAUCCCAACACGAGCAACUCUCGAAAGGUUGAAGAACGCGAGCGUGAAAUCGAGCGAAUGAUUGAGCUGGUAAUGAACAAAUACGGUCUGGUGGAGGCCAGAAGGCGUGGCUGGGUUCGUCAGUAUUUGCGCGGCCAUCGUGAGCCCAUGGAUAGGCUGAUGGAGUACCAGGAGACGGAGCGUCGGCGCAUGCAGGCUGCCUUCGAGGAGCAGCAGCGUCAGCUUAUCGAACAGCUGUGCGCCCAGUUGGAGAAUCCCGAGAGGACCACCACCACCUGCAGCAGCAGCAGUAGGCACAGUGACGACAGCAGCAGUAGCAACAGCAGCACCGCCUCGUCCGCCACCACAGCUUCGACCAGCCGAACCAUUACCCUCAGCACAGCCUCGCCGCGUCACUGCCAUGAAUUGGAUGGGUUCCUAGCUGCAAAUUCCGCUCCACCAGCUUCUGCGGCCCGUAAGUGCCUCUUUAGCCCGCAUCCUGGUUCCUCCCUGGGCUAUGAGUCGGAGCCGCAGCUUCUGGGCGAGAGCAGUACCGCUCCAAGCACGCCGCGUUCAUUGCCGCUAAGGAAUAGCAGUCUCACGAAUAGCAGGCGGCAGGCCACUGGAGGAGCUUCUGGAGCUGCUGGUGCUGCCACGAAAUCAGCUCCUGGAAGACGCUCUCAAUCAAAGGCAAGCGGAUCCACAAAGUCUAUGUUAUCGGCGAGAGGAGGAGCGGGAGCAACUGGUGCUGGAGCUAACGCUAACCGUAGAAAGACCUCCUCCACUAUGGCCAGUCCAAAGAAGAGUUUUCCGGGGAAAGUCGUCACUCCGCCGGCUCAAAAGAGGGGAGUCAUCAAAAAUAAGCAGCUCAAGCCGCAGGUGGCCAAACCAACACCACCGCCAGAAACUGUGACCUUGCAGCGCUCUAGAAGCUUCACCCUGGAGGAGCCCUCGCCGGCUUUGGUUGAGAAUAUGCGAAGGCAAGGCUAUAGUCCUAAUUUCCAGCGUGAAACCAUCGAGUCACAGGCCAAGCGAGUGGUGCGCCAGCCCAGUCCAACCAAUCCAAAUCCCAACACGAGCAACUCUCGAAAGGUUGAAGAACGCGAGCGUGAAAUCGAGCGAAUGAUUGAGCUGGUAAUGAACAAAUACGGUCUGGUGGAGGCCAGAAGGCGUGGCUGGGUUCGUCAGUAUUUGCGCGGCCAUCGUGAGCCCAUGGAUAGGCUGAUGGAGUACCAGGAGACGGAGCGUCGGCGCAUGCAGGCUGCCUUCGAGGAGCAGCAGCGUCAGCUUAUCGAACAGCUGUGCGCCCAGUUGGAGAAUCCCGAGAGGACCACCACCACCUGCAGCAGCAGCAGUAGGCACAGUGACGACAGCAGCAGUAGCAACAGCAGCACCGCCUCGUCCGCCACCACAGCUUCGACCAGCCGAACCAUUACCCUCAGCACAGCCUCGCCGCGUCACUGCCAUGAAUUGGAUGGGUUCCUAGCUGCAAAUUCCGCUCCACCAGCUUCUGCGGCCCGUAAGUGCCUCUUUAGCCCGCAUCCUGGUUCCUCCCUGGGCUAUGAGUCGGAGCCGCAGCUUCUGGGCGAGAGCAGUACCGCUCCAAGCACGCCGCGUUCAUUGCCGCUAAGGAAUAGCAGUCUCACGAAUAGCAGGCGGCAGGCCACUGGAGGAGCUUCUGGAGCUGCUGGUGCUGCCACGAAAUCAGCUCCUGGAAGACGCUCUCAAUCAAAGGCAAGCGGAUCCACAAAGUCUAUGUUAUCGGCGAGAGGAGGAGCGGGAGCAACUGGUGCUGGAGCUAACGCUAACCGUAGAAAGACCUCCUCCACUAUGGCCAGUCCAAAGAAGAGUUUUCCGGGGAAAGUCGUCACUCCGCCGGCUCAAAAGAGGGGAGUCAUCAAAAAUAAACCGGAAAUUCCGCAGGAACAAAGAGAUAAUCUCGAGCUGGAUCUCGUCCAGGAGCAACGCGAGUGGGCAGCCACGCGGAUUAAUGCCGCUGUAAGGGGCUAUCUGCUGCGUCGCCUCUUUAAAACGGAACAAGUCCAGCGGAUUGUGCAGACCAUCCGGGAUACAUUGAUCUUUGUGUUGAAUUUGCACCUGGAGACUCGUGGCAAGGAUCUGGAGGCGGAGGAGCCGGGUAAUCUGCGCCUCAAGGCGCGAUUGCUGCAGCAGCUCUGCUCGGCCAGCCGCACUCUGCAUCUGAUAUUUUUCCAGACGAGCACCAGGGAGCGCAUGGAGAUCAUCUCCAGGGAUCGCAAGCGAAAGAAGCUUAUCGCAUUGAGCCCCAAACGUCGCUGAUCGAGAUUACUAAGUAUGUUCGGCUUUAAUGAGGUGUAGAGUCAUAGAAAAAAAAGAUUACAUUUAAGGAGAGACUCUUGGCCUUAUAGGGAUAGUUCUCUGUCCAGUUGUAUAAAUUUAUAGCUUGCUUUUAAAGAUCAAGUCUUAUAGGACAAAGAAACUAGGAAGAAUCUAAGCUUUGGUAUUACAAAAUGAAAAGUAUUUUUAACUAUUUUGAAAAGGAAAUAAAUAAAUUUAUAAAACUCUA